AGGCCCACGUUCGACUCCGCUUGACGAUCGCUGACACCGCGGCCCGGGCAGGGGUGGACAUCACAACCAUUGAUGAGUGUCCAGAGUGCCAGAAAAACAAAGCAAAGCACAUGGCUCCCUGCCUGCCUUCGAUUGAACCUUCAGCCGCGCCGAAAACUCCCGUCUUCGUUGUUACCGAUACCGAUACCAAUCACGGCUCGCCCUCGUUUGAAUUUCACUGCGACGACCACGAUCGAGAUCGAGACGGGCGCGUCGGCCUUGAACUUCCCGCCGUCGGCUUUCCAGACCACGAUCACCUCGUCACCGCUCUGGGAAGCACUCCCGGUAAUUUUCUACAUCCUCAGCACCCCGUAUCGCUGCGCCCACCGACCCCCGAUUCUAGCUUCACCAUGGCGACCGAAGAUGGGCCCGCGAAUGGGGGCCUUGGCACAUCUCCGCCAAAGAACCCCUUCAACUUCCAGACUCAGUUCAUCUCCGCGGGCCCGGUCAAGUCUAACAUUGGCCAAAGGCGAGGUCACCGCUACAAACACAGCUCCAUAAGCGCACAGCACCAGAUCUUCCAAGAACCGCCGCCACGGCCGCCACCCGUCCUGCCGGCCUCUCUCCCCAUACCGACCCUCAAAGAAGCAUGGGCCAGCAUGCAGCGCGACCAACGCGCCCGCCUCUGGUGGUGCUGCUGCCACGCAGCCGUUGCCAUGUACGUCUUCUUCAGCGCAGAAGGCUCGCUCGCCAUGACGGCCCUCUCACACCUCGUCUUCUUCGACGUAGGCUCGGCCGCCGUGUGCGUGACCGUCGACGUGCUGGGUAACUUCGAGGUCUGGCGGCGCUCCAGCAUCCGGCACCCAUUCGGCCUGCAGCGCGCCGAGGUGCUCGCGGGCUUCGCCAUGUCCGUCUUCCUCGUCUUCGGCGGCUUCGACCUCAUCUCGCAUAACCUCAAGCACGUUCUCGAAACCGUCGGCGACCACGCUGCGCAUCAUCCCACAAGCAUCCCCGACGAAACGUCCAGCCACACAGGUCACAGCCACGGCGCGCCGCGCUACAUCUCCCCCGGCACCGUCGACCUCGCCAGUCUCGCCGCAGCGGUCAGCACGGUGGUAAGCGCCUACGGGUUGCGCAACCACGGGCGCAUUCGGCGCAUGAUGCGAGUGCCCUUCUCCUAUCUGGCCAGCUUGCUGCCCGGCGCGGGACUGCUCGCCAACCCGUUCCACUUCCUGACGCUCUGCUUCUCCUUCCUGAUGCUGCUCCUCCCGCUCGUCAGCAUCCCCCACUUUGUCUGGCUCGACCGCCUGAUCUGCUUCGCCAUCGCCGCCAGCAUGUUCGUGCUCGGCACCCGCCUGGCCGUCGCGCAGGGGCUGAUGCUGCUCAUGAGCUACAACGACAGCGGCUUACCACCACCGCCGCCGUCGUCCUCCUCAACCACAAACAACAACACCAACAAGAAGACAGCCACCACAUCCGUCGACACCGCCAGCAGGAGCAGCACGGUAUCAUCUGUCCUGCGGGAGAUCGAGUCCGAACCGCACGUCGCCAAGGUCGAGGAGGCACAGUUCUGGCAGGUGCACUACGGGCUAGCCAUCGCAAACCUCAAGGUGCGGCUGGCGAAGGGGUGCGGUGGCAAUGACGACGGGACGCUGAGCCAGCUGCGCGCGCGGCUGGCCCGCGUGGUGCAGAACCGGCUCGGGGAAGGGUACGGGCGGGGCGGGAGCUUGAGGUGGGAGGUUACGGUGCAGACUUGUAGCGACGGGUAGAGUAGGGCUAUUUUAUGCCGUCAUCUAGCGGUGAGUAGCGCGUUUCUGGUGGAUUUGGGAUAGUAUAUAUUGGAAAAGUUUGAAUAUUCAUCUUCGUUUUGGUGACACAUUCCAUGUCUGGAUUGGGUUUCCAUGUUAAGCCUGAGUAGCCGAGGCGCUGAUGCGACUUGACAAC